ACAAAAACAUAAUGCAAAAAAUCCUAUUCACUAUCAUCUGAGAACAUACUACAUUUUUCAUGGGUAAUAAUGAUGUUAGAGUUACCAGGACCUACUGGUAGGUAUUUGCUAAAGCUGAGGGGUCACACCAAGAGCAUUACUUGGAGAAACCUAUGUGUUCUUCAAGAUUUUUCUUGUUUCGAAAUAAAUUAUAAUACAAACGUUUCCAUUUAUGAUGAUUUGGAAUCCAAAUUUUGAAGUUAUUAUACGUAUUUUUAACAACACUAAAUCUGGAGCAAGAAGUCAAUAACGGUUUUUAAAUGAGACUCAUAUGUGAUAAUUCAAUUAGAGUUUUUGUGUGGAUUCUGAAUAAUUACGUACAAAGUAGAUCACCCAGCCAAGACUAGACACUAGACUGAAUGUAUUUCAGUACGGUUCUGAAUGAAUGGCUUAUUCUUAUAGUUUUCAAGCCUCCAGAAGUUACAAGCUAUGUGAGAGAUUGGAAAGGAAAUUAUCAAUAAUAACUGAGAAGACGGCUUGAAAUCAAUGCUUUUGAGCAGAGAACUGAUAGUGCUCAUUACAGCAAUCUCAAUGUUCACAUCAACUUAUGGCCAAAUUAAUCGUCGCAUCAUCAAACAGAAAGUUCGACUGACAAUAAAAAAUAACAUAUUUCCCGACUCCAUUCUCCUCGCCUAUGGAGCUGGCUACAGAAUCAACUGGGACAUGAAUCCAUCGCCUCGCAGUGCCAGAUCGUUGACAUCUUUCAAGCAUCAGUUCAUAUCAGCUAUGCAGCAAAUACUUGACAGAGAAACAUUGAACAGUGAAAAGUGUCUACUGCGGGCUGCCUGUGAAGUUGAUUCGUUGGACUUGAAAAAUGGUGACAUAAUCGACAAAAUUCUCCAUGCGAUCUUCAGGAGCAGAACAAGAUUGGAAGAAGGCACUUGCAACUCUAGUCUCAAUCUCCAGACAGAAUGUCGAUUAUCACUUGUGAAUCUAGCUGGCUACAUUUUGGAAAACGUUUUUGUUGGAAAAAUCUAAAGUUUCAACCUCAUAAUAAAGUUUCAGAUUUGGACUCAGUCA